UAUGGUGGUUUAUCUGUAUCCGUCCAAGGACCAUCAAAAGCAGAACUCACUUGUAAAGAGGUAAAAGCUGGACUUAUCAAAGUGAUCUAUAAACCAACGGAACCCGGCGUUUAUGUAGUUGCUGUGAAGUUUGCUGAUAAUCAUGUCAGAGACAGUCCAUUUACCGUUCACUGUACUGGUAAGGGAGCUGGAAGAAAGCAAGAAGAAAUCCAUAAGAAGACCGAACAGGCUGGUCUCGCCCUACCUGGCAAAGAGGCUUCAGUGUUCAUGAAACUACCUAAUGUAUCUCCUAUGGAUAGUGGAGCUCGUGUUAUGGAUCCAAAAGGAGUUACUGAAGACAUUGAGAUGAGAGAUUUAGGGCAGCAGUACUUCCAGAUCAGAUUCUUCCCAAAAAUGGAAGGUAUUCAUCACCUAUCCGUUAUGCAUAAAGACUCUCAUAUUUAUGGAUCACCGUUCCAGUACACCGUUGGACCAUUCGCAGAAGGUGGAGCUCAUAAGGUCCGAGCUUCCGGUCUAGGCGUCGUACGCGGUGAGACAAAUUACCCGCAAUCAUUUAACGUUUACACCCGUGAGGCAGGAGCUGGAAAUCUAUCGGUGUCAAUUGAGGGACCAAGCAAAGCGACAAUGGCAUUUCACGAUCAUAAGGAUGGUAACUGCCACGUAGAGUACAAGGUGGCUCAACCUGGUGAAUACUUUAUAGCCGUAAAAUUCAAUGAUCAGCACAUCCCUGACUCUCCAUUCAAGGUGUUUAUUGCUCCAGCCACAGGUGAAGCUCGAAAACUUGAAUUGGCCCAAUUCCACGAUCAGGGUAUCCCAGCCGGAAAAGCGUUUACAUUUACCGUGCUUACUCAUCGCGCUCAAGGACAUCUAGAAGCGAAGGUUGUAACCCCAACUAACGAAAUCGAAACGAUCGAUAUAGUACCCAUAGAGGAUGGAGAAAGUUAUGCAAUGCGAUUUUUGCCAAAAGAGACUGGCAAUCACUACAUUCACGUAACUCUUGAUGGAGCCCCAAUGCGAGAUUCCCCAUUCCGCCUGAGGGUAGGUGGACGUGAUCAGAGCGAUCCAACAGCAAUUACUGCUUCGGGAGAUGGUUUAAGAAAGGCGACGACCGGACAAAAAUGCGAAUUCAUCAUUUCGACAGCAAAUGCUGGAGCUGGGCAACUGACUAUCCAACUGGAUGGGCCUAGCAAGGCUACACUUGAUGCUUAU